CAUCACAACCUUGACCGACGUGGACACUCUUCGGGACUAUGAUAACCUAUGCGAGGAAAUACGUAGUUUGUAUCAUUUUCCUGCGCAGUCAGUGUUCACAUUGAAAUGGAUUGACGAUGAAAACGAUCCAUGCAUGCUUACGAACGAAGCUGAAUUACGCGAGGCCCUCAGACUUUAUAAAUUGAGCAAAGAAGCAUUUCUAACUCUACAUGAACUCAGUGAACUCGGUAAUGCCACCUGCGCGUACUGUCAAGAUCGCAUUUGGGGGCUUGGCCAACAGGGCUACAAGUGCAAUGCCUGCAAGCUUCUCAUUCACAAGCGCUGCACCGCCGCCGUGGACCAUCGCUGCGGAGAGCGCGAAAUGCUCAUUUCGGACGGUAUUACAAAUAAUGCCUUCAACGCGUCGGUGAGUUUCCUGCUGAGUUUGUCUCACCAGAGGCCUUUCAUUUCCCCUUGUUCUACACUGAGCAUUUUACACAGCACCGAUUUAAAAAAAGAAGGCCUUCUUGAUAUUGUCAACUCGUAUUGGGUGAACGGGGUGUCAGGCCUUAGUGGAUGA